AUGGAGAAGAAAUUAAUCAGUCAGUACCAACAAUACCAACAACAAACACUGGCAUUGUACCAACACACAACAACUAUUACAAAUCAACCAGUCACGGAUGAAAAUGGUGGUAAUGAAACUGUUGUUACAAAAAAAGGAAGAAGACUUCACCAAUUUGGGAUGAUUUUGAUCAAGAUGAAAGUUCUGAAGGUACAAAAGCUAUUUGCAAGAUGGAAUCCUCAAAAAAGGGUUUUAAGUUUUGUUCAGGUACCUGCUCCUAGACGUGGCAUUGAUGUUGCGGAUGCUAUUUUCAGGUGUUUGAAGACUUGGGGAAUUGAAAAUAAAGUCUUCUCAGUAUCUGUUGACAGUGCUUCCUAUAGUGAUUCAUGUCUAAGGGCUCUUAAGGAUACUAUUUCAGAUAACAACUCAUUACCUGUUGGUGGUAGUUUGUUUCAUGUUAGGUGCUGUGCACACAUUCUGAAUUUGUUGGUACAAGAUGGGCUAGGUAAAAUUAAAGGUAUUAUUCAUAAAGUUUGUGAGAGUGUCAAGUAUGUCAAUUUUAAUGAUUCAAGAUUUAAAACAUUUGUUGAGAUUGCUGAAAACAAGCGUUUGAAGGAGAAAAAACUCAUCAUUGAUUGUCCCACAAGAUGGAAUUCUACUUACAACAUGUUAUCUGUGGCUUUGAAGUUUAAAUCUGUGUUUCCUGUGUAUAAGGAAAGAGAACCUCAUUACAAUUACGAACCAUCAUCAGAGGAUUGUAGAAAAGUUGAGAAGAUUUGCAAACUUUUAAAAGUUUUUAAUCUUGCUACUCAUGUCAUUUAUGGUAGUGAGUAUCCUACUGCAAACUUGUACCUUCCUGAAGUUUGGAAAGUGAAACAAGUAAUUGAUGAUGCUAUUGAAGAUAGAGAUUCCUUCAUGAGAGAAAUGGCAACCUCAAUGAAAGAAAAGUUUGACAAAUAUUGGGGAGAAUGCAAUAUGGUAAUGUCUCUUGCUUGUGUUUUAGAUCCUAGGUGCAAAUUACAUGUUAUUAAAUUCUAUUUUCCUUUAAUUUACAAACCUAAGCAUGUGGCUGCUGAAAAUAUUGAAAAAGUGAAGAAUACAUUGCAAGAAAUGUAUGAUGAAUAUACUGAAAAAUAUCAUGGUGAGACAAUAAUAAGUGGAGUUAACACUAAUAGUCUAGUUGCUUCUUCUAAUGUGGUUAGUUCUGAAAUUGAUGAAAUGUUGAAUAUGGUUCGAGAAAAAGAAGCCAUUCAUCCAACAAAAUCAGAAUUAGAAGUUUAUCUUGAUGAGAGUGCUUACAUUCCUGAAGGCAAUUCUAAGUCUUUUAGUGCUUUGGAGUGGUGGAAAAACAAUAGCUUGAAAUUCAAGGUUUUAUCUAAAAUGGCAGCGGACAUAUUAGCAAUUCCUGUCUCAACGGUGACUUCAGAAUCUUCAUUUAGUGCUGGAGGAAGAGUUAUUGAUGAAUAUCGUUCUCAACUAAAUCAAGAGUCCAUUGAAGCUCUCAUUUGUGGAGGAGAUUGGCUUCGGAACAAGUAUGGUUUGAAGAAAAAACCAAAGGUGUUGGAACAGGAAGAUUAA